CCCAUUCCCUCCCAGCUCAUCCUUCUGUCCGAUCUACCCAAGGUGGAUCCAACUGAAAAGGUCCGUUUCCUCAGCUGCGUCCAGAGCUAUGAUCCGGCAAAGGGCCUUAUUCUCGGUCACAAUUGCCAAUCUCGACUAGGAGCUCAAGUGUCCGCAGUGGUAGAGAUAUCUCAUUUGCUCCCGGAUAUCAGCCCACAACUUCUACAGGUUGGGGAAUGGGUCAACGUGAUUGGGUAUGUGCAGGAAAAUCCUGGGAACACUUCCUUCAAACCAGAGCCGCAGCAUGUCCCCAUCCAAGCCGUCAUGCUGUGGUCGGCCGGAGCAAUUGAUAUUGCAGAGUAUGAG